CUGACCUUCGCCCGGAGCCUGUGCCGCCGGCGGCUCCGCGACGCGAGGUGAGCCCCGAGCCCCGGCCUCGCCCGCCCUGCUCGGAGAGGGACCCGCUUCGAGAGCGCCACACGGGACCUUUUGCCCAGCGGCGAGUGCAAGCUCUUUGCAUUCCAGCAAUUCAUCUGCAUAUGACUGCGGCCACCAUGCAAGUCAGCCAGCAAGAUUUUGAAAAGGCUCAAGAGCAGCUGAAGCUUUUGAAAAAGGAUCCUGGGAAUGAAGUUAAAUUGAAGCUCUACGCUUUGUUUAAACAGGCUACUGAGGGUCCCUGCAAUUCUCCAAAACCAGGUAUGCUGGACUUUGUCAAGAAGGCCAAAUGGGAUGCAUGGAAUUCUCUUGGCAAUUUGUCUCAGGAUAAUGCCAAACAGAAAUACACUGAGCUUGUCUCAAGUCUGGUCUCUGCAGAAUCUUCUAGCCAGGUGAAAGAUGCUGCUCCAGAAGAGAGCAGACAUGAUGGCUAUGAGACAAUAAUAGUUACUACCAAAAACAACAUCACAAAGAUAAUGUUUAACCGACCUGAGAGGAAAAAUGCCAUCAGCCAUAAGAUGUACAGAGAAAUUAUCAAAGCGCUUGAAGAAGCUGCCAAAAAUGAUUCUACCAUAGCAGUUAUUACUGGAAAUGGAGAGUACUAUUGUAGUGGAAACGAUCUGAAUAAUUUUACUAAUGCCGAAGCUGGUGAAACUGAGAAGAUGGCAAAAAAUGGAGCAGUACUACUCAAAGAGUUUGUGGCCCACUUUAUUGAUUUCCCUAAACCACUGAUUGCAGUGGUGAAUGGCCCAGCCAUUGGAAUCUCUGUAACACUCCUUGGAUUGUGUGACAUUGUCUACGCUUCUGACACGGCUACGUUUCACACCCCAUUUAGUCAACUUGGACAGAGUCCAGAAGGAUGUUCCUCCUAUCUAUUUCCAAAAAUCAUGGGCUUAGCCAAGGCAAAUGAGAUGUUGCUUUUCAACAAAAAGCUGACUGCAGCAGAAGCCUGUGCCCAGGGACUUGUGACUGAAGUCUUUCCUGACAGGACUUUUCAGAAGGAAGUUUGGGCAAGACUAAAAGCUUAUGCGAGCCUUCCUAAAAAUUCCUUGGCAGUGUCAAAGCAACUGUUACGAGGUCUGGAAAAGGAGAAGCUCCAUGCAGUUAACAAUCAAGAGUGUGAAGUCCUCAAGGAGAGAUGGUUAUCUGAUGAAUGUCUAAAUGCUAUUGUUAGCUUCUUUCAGAAAAAAUCAAAGCUCUAAUAUUUACCAGUAGGGUAAUCUACCUUCUGACAAUAGCUUUACAUAUCCUUAUCUUUAAGAAACUUCGUUUUCAAAUAAUAAUUCUUACCCCUUCUUGAUGCGGUAUAUUUCUAAGUACUGUAUUAAAACAAUGUUGUGUGCCUUGCAGCCACUAUGGAUAUUUAGGAGAUACCUCUCCAAACAUUUCUGAUGCCAAGUACACUGGAUCCUUCCAUUUGUGAUGCUGAGAGAAAAAAAAUUCACUACUUCAUAGGCAGCAAUGACAAUUCUGAAUAAUUAUUAGAGCUGACUGUCUUCCAAAAGAAGCAACUGAUUCAAUAGCACUGUAUUUCGAUAGCUCUUCAAUAACUGACUUAUGAGUCGUUCUUUUUAUCCAUCUGUCAGGCAGGAAAUACUGUAUUAAUGUAAAAAAUUAAUUAAUGUCUUGCUGGUUCUUACUACUUCUGUAAAGCAUCCUCAGUGAGGGAGGAGGAAUCUUUUAAAAAACAUUCCUGGAGUUGUAUUACUCUUGCUUUUAUAAGAAGUAUUCACUUCAGAGACCACGAAAUAAACUGUUUACCUGGCAGGGUU